AUGACUGGCAGAUAUGUCUUGCCAACGCGGCUCCGAGGUGUUUCGUCAGUAGCCACCUUGAGAGCUUCGACAGCUCCUUUGUCUUUGUCCGGGCGAUUCUCCGCAGCUUGUCCUCGGAACCAGAGCUCAGCGUCUACGGUCAAGGAAGAAAAUAAAAAGAGCAAAGAUGAGACUGAAGAGGGAAAGGAUAGUGCGAUGACGCGCCGUUUGGCCCAGAUGACCGAAGAUGCCAUGUUAGAAGGUGGACGAUCAGCGCGUCGUAACAUCGAGCAUGCCGGUUUUUCGGAAGAAUUGAAGAAACAGUUGGAAGAGCGAGUAGCCGCAGCUUCAUUCACGAGCAACUAUGCUGCAGCUCACUCUAUAGUAAAUAUGCCAGCUGGUGCAGGCCAAGGAACAAGGGAAAUGGCCGCUGCUCCUGCAUGGACAGGACAAGAACAAUUGGAAGAUACAACUCUACGCAUGCUAGACGACGCAAGCAAACCAAUCCGCAUGCCCUACAAAAUUCCCCAACCAGUCAACCUCCAACCAGCCCCAAAACCAAAGAAGUCUCGUGGCCACCGCUUAGCAGAGGCGAAGGAGCGCACAUCCACUUAUGCACUGAGCCAAGCACCCGGCUUCUCAGAAGAAGAGCGCGAGAACAUGCGCCACCAAAUGCGCGAGAACCUAUCACCCGGCGCGCGAAGCAUGCCCAUCUCCAUCUCAGGUUUGUCGUCACUAGCAGACGAACGAAUCGAAGACGCCAUCGCCCGCGGCCAGUUCAAGUCUAUCCGUCGCGGCAAGGGCGUCAACACCGAGACGGAUCAUAAUGCGAACAGCGCUUUCAUCGAUACAACCGAAUACUUCAUGAACAAGAUCAUCCAACAACAGGAAAUUGUACCGCCAUGGAUUGAAAAGCAGCAGCAAUUAGCUUCGGAAACGAGUCGCUUCCGCAGCCGUCUCCGGGCAGACUGGAAAAGACAUGCUGCCAUGUUAAUAUCCAGCAAGGGCGGAUCCCUAGAGGCGCAAAUGAACCGCGCAAAAGCAUACGCAGCUGCCGAAAUAAGGCUAGCCGAGAAAGCCAAGCUGGAAGCUUCGCUGAGUGAAGAACAAUCCGUUUCUGAGAUCAACACCGAUGGCCGGAUAGUUCACAAAGCCGAGGCAUCCUCGUCGUCAUCUACAGCCAAUGAAAGCAGCGAAGAAGCGUCUGAAAAUCUUGCUCCUCUUCCUCCGUUACGGGAUGCGAAUUACCUUGCUAUCGAGCGUGCUUAUCAUGAACUUGCUGUGAAACAGAUCAAUUCGCUUGCGCGUUCGUAUAACCUCCAGGCUCCGCCUAGUGCUCGAAAAGCUUAUCUUAAUCUUGAACGAGAACUGAAGGCCUGCUUUGCAGAGGUAGCACCUCAGCUGGCAGAAGAGAUUAGACGUCGGGCGACUGAGCGUGCUCGUCCUUCGUCGACUGUUACGCCGGCUUCUAGUGCAUUUGGGUCUUUGGGUAUGGCUCAGUCUGCGCAGGUUCGUGAUGAGGACAAGGCGAAGGGGUAUGGGAUGAAGGAAUUGUGGAGGGAUUUAUUCUCCAAGUCGUGA